AUGCGGGCUUCCCGGUGGAUCUGGAUUGCAGCCACAUUCCUCACAACGGUACACUCAACACAGACGGCAACCUUCACCGCUGCCGAAGACGCCGCAGCCAACAAGCGAGCCUUCGAAAUCCUCCGAAUUCUCAAACGAGCAGAUAACAACUGUCCAGCCGGCUACAACCCAUGCAGCGAGCUGGGCAACGCAAACGCAUGCUGUAAGCAGGGCACAAACUGCUCGCGCGAUGCAGCCAACAACAUCGCCUGCUGCGCUAUCGGCGCCAGCUGUACGGGUAGCUUGACAGAGGCCAGGACGACGGGUACAGGGUUCAGCUUCAUGUUUCCCAAUGGCGCGACCGCCACCGCCACCACCGAGUACGCAGCUCCACACGUCACCGGGUCGACAGUAGACGGUGCCUAUCCGUUUGUUGUCGUGCCGACGACUUUCCACAACCCCGAGAUCUGCUCGUCAUACUACUCGAUGUGUCAGUCUGAUUACUCGCAGUGCACCGGCGCGCUGUUGGGUCGCUACGGAGUUACUAUUGCCGCCGAGGGCGGGGGCAAGACCAUUCAGGCUGUCACGGCGCCGUCGCAGGCCACCUCCAUUUGUUCAAGCUUGAGUGAGCAUGCUUGCCAUGGUUUGAACUUGGGCUACUGUGGUCAUGUUGCAACACAGACUGACAGUGCGGAUGUCAAUGGAAAUUAUGCCUCGCCUGUACGGGCGUCGAGUCUUCAUGACCUGGCCCUCGGACUGGUGGUUGGAAUUGCGGGAAUGUUUAUAUGA